AUGUAUCAGUUGUUGUUUGCCCAUCUCAGCUUCAAGAUGUCCAUCAAAUACUUUGCUAUUUUCGCUACCAUUUUGAUGGUUACCAGUGCUAAACCGACAUAUCUAAGCGGGUAUGACGUACCAUUAGCUACAAGUUAUAGUAACAGAUACGAUAUACAUCAUUCAGCGAUACCAAUUGUGAAGGCAUAUGAAGCUCCACUGGUGACCAAAGUAGUUGAUCCAGUCUACGGAUAUGGUGCACAGUAUGGUGCGUAUGGCUAUGAUGCCUAUGGUUAUGGUAACGGAUAUGGUAACGGAUAUGGUUCUUAUGGAAAUGGAUAUGGGUCCUAUGGAUACGGUCAUGGCUGGUAAUGGAAUCCAAAGAAAAUAAUUUUUAGAUU